ACUGAAGACGCUGCAGCUUAUCUACCAGGAGACAUUGUGAUUGGAGGACUGUUUCCUAUCCAUAAAGCGAUAUCAAAUUUAGAAGAGAAAACAGAAAACAAUCAUUUCCUGUGUGACAGGUUUUAUGUACGAAGCAUGAUUGAAGCUUUUUCCAUGAUCUAUGCCAUUGAAAAGAUUAAUAAUUCCACCUUACUCCAAGGAAUUAAAUUGGGUUAUGAGAUAUAUGACACAUGUUCUUAUCCUUUGAAGGCCGUUGAAUCAACAUUAAAGUUUAUUCCAGAUUCUGCAAUGAGACAAAAUGAUUCAAACUGCAGCAAUAGAAAAAACCCACGGCCUGUCAAAGCAGUUGUAGGAGAAAUUUAUUCAGAAAAUUCCAUUGCUAUUUCGCAGAUACUCAGCCUUCAUCUAAUACCACAGAUAAGCCCAGCAUCAUCUGCUCCCACCUUAAGUGAUAAAGUAAAGUUCCCUUCAUUUUUACGAACCAUCCCAAGUGAUACACAUCAAACAAGAGCAAUUGUGGAACUAAUAAAAACAUUUCAAUGGAACUGGGUGGGAAUCAUUUCAAGUGAUGAUCAGUAUGGCCGAUCUGCUCAGGAACUUUUGAAUAGUCUUUUUAAACUAGAAGGUAUAUGCACAGCCUUCUCCAAUCCAGUGCCAUCCUAUGCAGGUCAUCCCCUUCUGAAAGAUUAUUUAGAAAGUGCAUUAUCUAGCAUCAGAGGUAGUUCUACAGAAGUUGUAAUUGUAAUUGCAAAAGAUCCCAUUGUCGCCAACCUUAUUCAAGAAUGUAUUAAACUGAAUAUUUCCAAAAUUUGGAUUGCCAGUGACAGUUGGUCGGACUCAAAGGACGUUAUGAGUAUCAAAAACAUUGAAAAAGCUGGUACUUUUCUUGGAAUAAAUUUCAAAAUGGGCCAUGUUAUAGGAUUUGAAGACUAUCUAAGCAACUUGCAAUCUUUAGGCCAUGGAGCCGUUAAUCAUUUUCUAGAAGAAUAUAAAGAAUUAAGAUUUGACUGUACAGAAGAAUAUAGGGAAUAUCUGCAGUGUGUUAAAUCUUCUUCUGGAAACUGUAGUUUCAAUGGUUCUUUAGAAAUUAAGUCUCCAUUUGCAUGCCAAAUUGAUAAUUUCUCUUUCGCAAAUGAUGACUACUUGGUGAAAAAUAUUGAAUGGAGCAGAACGUACAGUACACAUCUGGCAGUUUUAGCAAUAGCUAAUGCUCUAGAUAAGGUUUUGUGCACAAAUGGAGUUUGUAAAAAAUGGUUCGACUUCUCGCCAAGUCAGCUACUGGAAAAACUAAAGAAUGAGACUUUUUCCUUCAAUGGUGAAACCUUUAACUUUGACUCAUCUGGAGAUGCCUUAAUUGGAUAUGAUGUGUUAGCAUGGAACUUGUCGACUAGUACAAUUGAGAUUGUUGGUAAAUAUGAAAUAUCAGAAAACAAGAUCAGCAUAAACAGAAGAUUAAUUCAGUGGAACACAGAAACUAAUCAGGUCCCCUUUUCAAAUUGCUCCAAAUCUUGUAUUCCUGGGUAUUUUAGAAAAUAUUCUUACAUAAGUUGUUGCUAUGAAUGUGUCCCUUGUCCUAAGGAUUACUACUCCCCUAUGGCUGAUAUGACUGAAUGUCUAAAAUGUUCAUCCUUGCAAUGGUCAACUAAUGGAAGUGAUCGAUGUACAAACAGGACAAUUGAGUAUUUUGCUUGGAAAGACCCAUAUUCCAUUACAUUGGUGGUUUUCUCAGUCGUUGGGUUUCUACUUGUGCUAAUCACAGGAGUUUUGUUUAUUUAUCACUUUGAUACCCCAGCAGUUAAAGCAGCGGGGGGGUACUACACGUUCUUAUUGAUGAUAUCAUUGCUUUCUAGCUUGGUGAGCAUAGUUUUUUUUAUUGGAGAACCUACUGAAACUCUCUGUAAAGUCAGACAACCUCUCUUUGGUAUCAGCUUCACCAUCUCUGUAUGUUGCAUUUUGAUGAAAUCAAUCCAAAUUCUGAUAGCGUUUGAAUCUGCCAAAAGAUGCAAAGUAUUAGCUCCAGUAAAAUACCUAUCACCAGUUGUUAUUAUUACAUUAAGUAGUAUCCAGAUGAUUAUUUGUACAUUAUGGCUCCUGAUGAAUGGACCUUACCGUCAAGAUGAUACAAUGAAUGACCUCAUAAUACUAAAGUGUAAUGAAGGUUCAUAUGCAGCAUUUGGCAUCAUGCUUGGCUACAUUGGGUUCCUUGCAUUGCUUUGCUUCAUUCUAGCUUACAAAGGCAGAAAGCUUCCUGAGAAGUACAAUGAGGCUCGAUGCAUCACCUUCAGCAUGCUGGUCUAUAUGUUUGUGUGGAUCCUCUUUAUCCCAAUCUAUAUCAACACCACAAGCGGUAUGUAUCUUUCAGCUGUACAAGCUGUGGCCAUACUAGCCUCAAUAUAUGGACUUAUAACCUGUCACCUUUUGCCAGGUUGCUACAUCUUGAUUUUUAAAAGAGAAACUUGCACACGAGAAAAAUACCUGCAGAGUACUUUAUCAUUUUUUAGAGCUAGAACUAAUGUGCAGACAUUUUGUAAAGCCAAGUUAAAUGUAAAAUUUCCUGCUGCCACCUUAAAGCCAAAUGUUGUAACUACUCAGGUACCACAUUUAACUUUGGGUUAUCCAUUGAUAGUAAGAAAAAGACAUAAUAGCUGUUAA